AUGGCGGCGCUCUCAAGCGCACAGUGGCGCACAGCCGCUCAGCAAUGGACCGAUUGGGACGUGAACAUCGAGACGAAGACGCAGGUCCAGCAGCUCGUCGAGUCCAACGACGCAACGCGUCUCCAGGAGCUCUUCUGCCGUCGCAUAGCGUUCGGCACGGCCGGUCUGCGCGCAGUGAUGGGCCCCGGGCCCGCGGCAAUGAACGACUUGGUCGUGAUCCAGACGGCGCAGGGGCUCUGCAAGUACCUCGAGACGCAGCUGGGCGAGCGGGCCAAGGCCAUGGGCGUCGCUUUGGGCUAUGACCACCGCCGCCAGCGGUCGCUGAGCUCCGAGAGGUUUGCUGAGCUCACGGCCAGCGUCUGUCUGCACGCCGGCUUUCGCGUGUGCCUGUAUGGCGACGUGGUGGCCACGCCGCUCGUGCCGUUUUGUGUCGAGCAAAAGGGCUGUGCCGCGGGUGUGAUGGUCACGGCCUCGCACAACCCCAAGGCCGACAAUGGCUACAAAGUCUACUGGUCGAACGGCUGUCAGAUCAUUGGUCCACAUGACGAAGGAAUUGCGAACGCGAUCGCGGCGAAUUUAGCGCCGUGGAGGCAAUACGACGAGUCGCGCGAGCAGCUCCAGCAGAUGUUCCCCGCAGCGAUGGAAGAUCCGAGCGAUGAGCUCUUCCCGCGCUAUUUUGGACGAGCAGGUGCAGAGCUGUGUCGCUUUCCAGCAGCCAAUGCCCACACGACGCUCACAAUUGCCUAUACGGCCAUGCACGGCGUCGGUCACGCGUUCACCAGUCGCUCGUUUGCAGCUUUUCAGCACAAGGAGUACGUCCCAGUGCAGGCCCAGCUCUUGCCGGACCCUGAGUUCCCCACUGUGGUUUUUCCCAACCCGGAGGAAGGCAGAGGAGCGCUGCAGCUUGCGAUGGAGACAGCUGAAGCCAGCAGAGCGAGACUGAUUCUGGCCAACGAUCCGGAUGCUGACCGUCUGGCCGUGGCAGAGCGAGAUGCGAACUCGGAGACUGGCUGGCGGAUCUUCACGGGCAACGAGAUUGGCGUGUUGUUGGGCCACUGGGAGCUCGAACAGUACGUGCGACUGCACCCGGACUGCGACCGCAAGCAGCUGUACUUUGUUGCAUCAACGGUGUCGUCCAAGAUGCUGCGUGCUGUUGCGCAGAAAGAGGGCCUGAACUUCGUCGAGACGCUCACUGGGUUCAAGUGGAUGGGCAACAAGACUGCUGAACUGCGCAAAGCUGGCAAGACCGUGUUGUUUUCGUUCGAAGAAGCCAUCGGCUUUUGCGUCGGUGGGCUCGUGAAAGACAAGGAUGGAGUGGUCGCUGCUGCGGUGUUUGCCGAGAUGGCGGUUCAGCUGGAAGCGACGAAAAAGAUGACGGUGAGCCAGCAUCUGAGCGCGUUGUACACGCGCUACGGUCACUUUGUGACGCAAAACCACUACGUCAAGUGCUACGACCCCGUCAAAAUUCGUGCUAUCUUCGCACGGUUGCGCAACAGCGGGAAGUAUUGGGAUAGCUGCGGCGAUUAUGCCAUCUCCCAUGUCCGUGACCUCACCACAGGGUAUGACAGCUCCCAGCCUGACAAGCGUGCCGUGCUGCCUGUGAGCACUUCGACAGAGAUGAUCACGUACACGUUUGCCAAUGGAUGCGUUGCCACACUGCGUACGAGUGGGACUGAGCCCAAGCUGAAGUACUACGUCGAGCUCGCUGGUCGGGUGGGCCAGAGCUGUGAGGAGGUCACUGCGGAGCUGAGGAGGCAGGUCGAGCAGAUUGUGGAACAAAUGCUGCAGCCUCAAGAAAACGGCUUGGAGCUGGCGCCUGCAGACGAGUGA